AUGGCAGAAGGUCUGGUCGCAGCUCUUGCAGAGCUCAAUCUCAAAUCGCACGAUGAUGACUGGAUUGACAGCAUUCUCGACGAGCAGCGUCCACCCAAACGCAUCAAGAAAAACCAUGAAGAGCUCAAACGGGAGCUAGAGCAGAAGUAUCUGACGCCAUCAACCACGUUUUCUACAGAAUGGCUCAAUAAGCUUCAACAGCGAUGGGACUCACCACCAAAUUAUACUGACCUUUUUCAACUCGCCCCAACGCAAACACGUACAAUUACACGGUUCACAAGAGAAGGUUUGGAAGGCCGAGUCACAGGUUACAAGGAAGUUACAGUACCAGCAAACAGUGCAACCGCCAAGAAUUCCACAUCUUUCCUGAGAAAGCCGGCAAAUAGGGCAGAUUUUGUAAGAGGUGCAGCAGGCUUCUUUCCGUUCGCACCGGGUGGAUUGGAUGCUGUGGAAGCUGCGGCUGCUCUGGAGGAACAAGUUGGAAGAGUUGACAACACAGUGCCACAGAAAAAGAGCUUAGAAAGAAUCAUAAAUUUUGGUGGUGAGGAUGGUUUGUUGAGUAUACCACCAGGAUUUACUAGGGGCUUGAAGUUUGAAAAGAAGGAGGAGGUUGACGAGAAAGAGGCAGAAGACGUGAAAAAUGUCUUAGAGGAAGAACCGGCGGAAGAAGUGUCCACAAAUGGAGCAGAUGGUGCUAUGAAAGACGAAGCUUCUUCGGAAAGCUCUGAUGACGAUGAAGAAGAUGAUAUUGAUUCUAUGUUACCAGUCGAAUUCCCCGCCUUAGAGCCCCAUGGCGCCCUCGCAACGUCAAGCACGAAGAGAGGAGGAAGAGAAUGGGCACAUAUGGUUGAUGUCAAGAGAGAUAUUCCAAAUUUCAGAGAAUUGGUACCUGAUAUGGCAAGAGACUGGCCAUUCGAGUUGGACACAUUCCAAAAAGAAGCCGUAUAUCACCUGGAAAGCGGCGACUCGGUAUUUGUUGCUGCACAUACAUCGGCAGGAAAGACAGUAGUAGCAGAGUAUGCUAUUGCUCUUGCCGCUAAACAUAUGACCAAGGCAAUUUAUACUUCUCCGAUCAAGGCAUUAAGUAAUCAAAAGUUCCGAGACUUUCGACAAGUUUUCGAUGAGGUUGGAAUUCUUACUGGGGACGUACAGAUUAACGCCGAGGCUAGCUGUCUUAUCAUGACCACGGAGAUCUUGAGGAAGAGGGGAGUCGUUUGGGAAGAAGUCAUUAUCAUGUUGCCAGAACAUGUAACGUUAAUUUUGUUGUCUGCAACCGUUCCGAAUACCUACGAAUUUGCGUCUUGGGUUGGAAGGACUAAAAAGAAAGACAUUUAUGUUAUCUCGACCCCGAAGAGACCAGUGCCACUAGAACAUUAUCUUUGGGCUGAUAAAGGCGUUCACAAGAUCGUGGAUGCAGACAAGAAAUUCAUCGAAAAGGGCUGGAAAUCCGCAAACGAUGUACUAUCUGGCAGAGAUAAGACAAAGGCUCUACCUGCACCAGAGCCCACGAAUGCUCGUGGAGGAGGAAACCAAAGAGGCAGAGGCCAGAAUGGGCGUGGUGGCGCACAACGAGGGGGUGGUCCUCAACAACGUGGAGGAACGCAACAACGAGGUGGUCGUGGUGGUAGCGGACCUCCUCGUGCUAGCCAUAAUCCAGGACACAUGGGACGCGGCGGUAGACCUGGAGGUCGAACAACAGCUGCUCAAGAUAAGACAUUGUGGGUACAUCUAGUUCAGUAUCUCAAAAAGGAGAACUUACUCCCAGCCUGUAUUUUCGUCUUUUCCAAGAAGAGAUGCGAGGAGAACGCGGAUGCUCUAAGCAAUCAAGAUUUCUGUACGGCUACUGAAAAGAGUGCCAUACAUAUGACUAUUGAGAAGUCCAUUGCUCGACUUAAGCCAGAGGACCGACUAUUACCACAAAUCGUUCGAUUACGAGAUUUACUCGGAAGAGGUAUUGCUGUUCACCAUGGUGGUCUUCUGCCUAUAGUGAAGGAAAUCGUUGAGAUGUUAUUCGCACAGACCUUGGUUAAAGUGCUUUUCGCCACAGAAACAUUUGCUAUGGGUUUGAAUCUGCCAACUAGAACGGUUGUCUUUUCCGGCUAUCGUAAGCACGAUGGACAAUCCUUUCGAAACCUGUUACCCGGUGAAUAUACUCAAAUGGCUGGUAGAGCAGGUCGCCGUGGUUUAGAUACCGUUGGUUCGGUCAUAAUCGUGGCUCCAGGAGGUGGUGAAGCUCCACCUGUCACUGAACUUCGUCAAAUGAUACUCGGUGAACCCUCAAAGCUUCGCUCGCAAUUCCGACUGACGUAUAACAUGAUACUCAAUCUACUGCGAGUUGAGGCUUUGAAGAUUGAAGAAAUGAUUAAAAGAAGUUUUAGUGAACAUGCUACUCAACAACUUCUACCAGAACAUGAAAAAGCGGUCAAGGUAUCCGAGGCAGACCUGGCUAAAAUCCAGAGAGAGCCUUGCAAUAUUUGUGAACAGGAUCUGGAUGCUUGCCAUGAAGCAAUUCAAGCCUACAAGCAAAUUACUCUUGAUAUCCAUAUUGGGUCACUGGCAACUGCUAUUGGUCGCCGGAUGUUCGUUAAAGGUCGUUUGGUGGUUUACCACAAAGACGGUGUUCGCACACCUGGUAUCCUUCUUCGUGAUGGAGCCAUAGACAUAAAUGGCCUAUCUCUCCAUGUUCUAGAAAUCAGAACAAGACGAGAUCAGUGGGAUACGACUGAUUUGUUACCAUUCGUGCCAAAGUUCAGGGGGAUGUUCACCAAGCUUCCACUUUUUAAGAAACAUAUUACUACCAAGACUUGUUAUGUUUUUGUCAAUGAUCUGGAGUGUGUCACGGAUACGAUUGUAAAGGGAGUAAUUCCUGAUAUAUUUCAAAGCGGUGAAGUUUAUGAGAACGCUAAACAGAAAGUUUUUGGUUUGUGUUCAUCUUGGGAGAGCGAUGUAUGGGAUGAAUUAGACUGGUCUAAGAUAAAGGUUCUCCAAUUGAGGGAAAAUCUUGUGAAGCGCGUACAACAAGCUACCAUUGCCCAAAACGCUAUUUGCUUGAGUUGUCCCUCAUUCUUGAAACAUUUCGCAAUGUGUCACGAUCAAUGGCUAAUUCAAGCCAAUAUCAUUCAACUACGUCAGCUAAUGUCCGACAAUAAUCUUCAACUUUUACCGGACUACGAGCAAAGAAUUCAAGUCCUCAAAGACCUCGACUUCAUUGACGACUCAUCCCGUGUGCAACUUAAGGGGAAAGUCGCUUGCGAGAUACACUCCGCAGACGAAUUAAUCCUCACAGAACUCAUUCUUGAUAAUGUACUCUCCGCCUAUACCCCCGAGGAAAUUGUUUCCCUCCUCAGCGCUUUUAUUUUCCAAGAAAAAACAACUGUCGUCCCAACUCUUCCUAGUUCCCUAGAAUUGGGCAAGGUCAAAAUCCUCGAGCUGUCGAAAAAAAUAACAGACAUGCAACUCUUACACCAAGUCAUCCAACCAUCAUCCGAAUCCAAUGAUUUUGAAGCUCAUCCUGAACGUUUUGGCCUGAUGGAAGUUGUGUAUGAAUGGGCACGAGGAAUGAGUUUUAAGAAUAUUACAGAGUUGACAGAUGUACUUGAAGGAACUAUCGUGAGAGUCAUCACGAGAUUAGACGAGACGUGCAGAGAGGUGAGAAAUGCAGCAAGAAUCAUUGGUGAUCCGGAGUUAUUUCAAAAGAUGCAAACUUGUCAGGAGAUUAUCAAAAGAGAUGUCACGGCCGUGGCAAGUUUAUAUCCCUUGUAG